CGCCCUCCCGCCGCUGGGCGCGCGGCAGUCCGGCUCCCGGCCAAUGGCCCCGCCGCACUACAGCUCCCGGCAGCCCCCGCGCCGUGACUCGGCUCGGGCGACGGCGGCGCUGCCCGGGAUGGAGUGAGGGGGCGAGUGGCGGAGGUAGUGCGGCCCGCCGAGCUCCGGUCCCCCUCCCCCUGGCUCUCUCUGGCUCGGGCCUAUGCGGCCCCCCAGAGACCAUGGGAUCCAGGAUCAAACAAAAUCCGGAAACUACCUUUGAAGUGUAUGCAGAAGUCACUUAUUCAGGCAUCAGUUGCAUUGGGAAAGAUCCUGAGGUGCGGAGGCAAUUCCCAGAGGACUACAGUGACCAGGAAGUUCUACAGACUUUGACCAAGUUUUGUUUCCCCUUCUACAUGGACAGCCAUGCAGUUAGCCAAGUUGGACAGAACUUUACAUUUGUCCUUACAGACAUUGACAGCAAACAGAGGUUUGGGUUCUGUCGCUUAUCUUCUGGGGCCAAAAGCUGCUUCUGUAUCUUAAGUUACCUACCAUGGUUUGAAGUCUUUUAUAAGCUGCUCAAUGUCUUGGCAGAUUAUUCAGCAAAAGGACAGGAUAAUCAAAGGAGUGAGCUUCUGGAAACAUUUCAUAAACUUAGCAUCCCUGAGCCAAAAACCCCUGUUCAGCUUGGAUUGCACUCUUACUUUACUGUGCCUGACAUCAGAGAGCUUCCUAGUAUACCUGAAAAUAGAAAUCUGACAGAGUAUUUUGUAGCAGUUGAUGUCAAUAACAUGCUGCAUCUCUAUGCCAGUAUGCUGUAUGAACGCCGCAUCCUCAUUUGUUGUAGUAAGCUCAGCACUUUAACUGCUUGCAUUCAUGGAUCUGCAGCUAUGCUCUACCCAAUGUUCUGGCAACACGUUUACAUUCCUGUUCUGCCCCCACAUCUCUUGGACUACUGUUGUGCCCCAAUGCCCUACCUCAUUGGAAUACAUUUAAGUUUGAUGGAGAAAGUGAGAAACAUGGCCCUGGAAGAUGUAGUGAUUCUUAACGUAGACACCAACACACUGGAAACCCCUUUUGAUGACCUUCAGAGCCUACCUAAUGAUGUGGUUUCUGCUCUGAAGAACAGAUUGAAGAAAGUUUCUACAACCACUGGAGACGGCGUUGCCAGGGCUUUUCUGAAGGCGCAGGCGUCUUUCUUCGGGAGCUACAGAAACGCACUGAAAAUCGAACCUGGUGAACCCAUCACUUUUUGUGAAGAAACGUUUGUAUCCCAUCGUUCUGCAGUCAUGAGGCAGUUCCUUCAGAAUGCCAUUCAGCUCCAGCUCUUUAAGCAGUUCAUCGAUGGCCGCCUGGAUCUUCUUAACUCUGGAGAGGGCUUCAAUGAUGCUUUUGAAGAAGAGAUAAAUAUGGGAGAGUAUGCAGGUAGUGACAAAUUGUAUCUCCAGUGGCUCUCUACAGUGAGGAAAGGAAGUGGAGCCAUUUUAAACACAGUGAAGACCAAAGCUAACCCUGCCAUGAAGACUGUCUAUAAGUUCGCAAAAGAUCAUGCAAAAAUGGGAAUAAAAGAAGUGAAAAACCGCUUGAAGCAAAAGGACAUAGCUGAGAAUGGGUGUUCUGCAGCACCAGAGCAGUCUCUACCAAGACCAGCACCUUCUCCAUUGGUUGAAAAGAAGGACACUAAAUUAAGAGAGGACAGAAGACCAAUCACAGUACAUUUUGGUCAGGUUCGUCCUCCACGACCUCAUGUUGUUAAGAGACCCAAGAGCAACAUUGCUGUGGAAGGACGAAGGACUUCCAUUUCCAGUCCAGAACAGCCUCAGCCAUACCGGGCGCUGAAAGAAUCUGAUAGUGCUGAUGGGGAAGAGGCUAUCAGUCCAGAAAAGGCAAAAGAGCCUCUGCCUCCAAGCCCUCUCAUCUCCAGCAACGCCACAGAAAUCAACCUCCUUGAAGACAUUUUCCCUAACUUAGAAGUAAAAACACAGCCUCAGACUCUCAGCCAGGCUAAGAGCCUGGAAGACCUGCGGACUCCAAAAGAAGAGGCAGAUCAGCGAUGCACGUUUGAUUACCAGAGAAUGGAUCUUGCUGGGUCUGAGAGGAACAGGAUUGUGCCACCAAUGAAGCUGUCUCACCAUUACAACAAGCUGUGGAAUAUGGGUCAUGAUGACAUGGCUAUUCCUACCAAGUACUCCCAAAGCUCACCAGAAAGGCCCCUGACUGCACUUGGCAAUGUACCGCCAAUCACAAGGAGACCCCGGAGCAGAGACAGCAUUCUGGCUUCUGCAGAAAAGGAUGACUCAAAUCCUGCUGCUCAAGGGAAUAUCACCAUUCCUAGGCCACAGGGAAGAAAGACUCCUGAACUGGGGAUAGUGCCACCACCGCCAGCACCCAGGGCUUCCAAGCAUCAGACUCCAACUGGACCAACAGAAAUUCUCAGUGCUCACACUACAGGAUGUAGCCAGUUGGUUUCAGAUCUUAUCCCAGAGCCCUUAGGAGUUGCUAGGUUGUCCUUAGAGCCUGAAGUCCAGCAGUCUGUAAAUUAUUCCUGUUGUUCAUCUCAGCUUUUGUCCAGUGCAACCAGCACUGCAGAAAUGCUCCAACCUGUCAGGGUGAAGACAGAUAAUACAGGUAAUGAAAGUGACUACCUUCUGAAUCUGCUGGAUCCAUUAAAAACAGCCAGCUGGCAAAGCAGUGGCCCCCAGCAAGGUUCCUGCAGCCUGCAGAGCUCAGCCACUCCACCUUCUGGAGCUGGCUUUGUAUCAGUGGCAAGUGACUUUGUGCCUCCUCCAGCUGCACCAUUUGUCCAGUCACUCAGUUAUCCUUCCUCAGCACUGUCACCUUUUUUACAGGCAUCUCCUAAUCCAUUUACACAAACGGUGCCAGGACCCCUUUCAGUGUCUCUUGUUAGGCCCCCAAGGGGCUCUUUCACCCCCACAUUAGGUCAUGCUUAUAGUUCUAGCUUCAUAACACCUAAUUCUAGUUUCUAUCCACCACACAGACCUCAACCAAACAUUUCAACAUUGUCCAUGCCUAACUUGUUCAGCCAGGCUCCAGCGAUGUCACCAGCUAGCUCCUUACUGCUGCAGAGCCACAGCUCUUCUCCAGCAAGCUCUCUACAGCCAGCAUGUUUAAGUGGUCCUUCUAAAACCAGAACAUUACAGGUGGGCAAGUCCAGUUCCAAGGUAGAUACCAAACAAGCACUAGCUCUUCUGUCUAAUGAACCCCCUUUGAUCCCUUCCAGGCCAGCUAAGGGCUUAGAGUCAGUGUUACUGUCCUCAAAACCUGAGGAGACAAAAGAUCCAUUUGAAGAUUUGUUAAAAAAGACCAAGCAAGAUGUGUCAUCCACACCAGUGAAUGGUCUGUGCUGCCUGCAUUUUUUCUGCUUUCUGCGUGUGUGUGAAAAACUCAAACAGGAGAUUGACAUCUGCUCCAUUUCCUUUCUGGUUCGGAGGUGGUUAGAGUCUGUCAGUAACAAACAACUGCCAUUUUUCGGGGAAAAGUAACAUCCCUUUACCCGACCGUAGGAAUGGUUGGUUCAGUGACACUGCAGAAGGCAAUGGGUGCAGCAGCACAUCUUUUGUUAAACAGGAAUGUGCGACGUGCUGCCUUCAAAAGAGCGCAAAUAAAUGAUGGUUGAAUGUUUCCCAAACUCUGUCCAUAUGCACGAGAGGAUUUAUGCUAGUUUAUUUGUAAUUUUUUAAUGUGUUUUGUGCUUUUUAUAUGCUUACCCUGUAGGCUUUCUGACCAAAGUGCUUUUUCCAACACUGGCAACUUUCAAUUGCUUAGUAGUGAACACAAAGCCUGUUAGCUGCUGCUUCUUACAACAUCCAGGUUUGGAAAAAUCUGUUUCACUUUGCUUGUGACUGUUGGAGGUUAACAGAUGUAUGUAUUUUUUUUUAAAUCUCUGCACUGUGAACCGGUGAUGACAAGAGCUGCUCUGGUCCCCCAGCGUCCUUCAGGAAUUUGUGGCAAUGUAGGAGAUGAAUUCCCACCCUGGGAACUGCCUGGUUCCACCCCGCUCAGCUCUGUGAUAAUCCCGUGUCCAUGUUUUCAAAUGGCGCAGUGGAUUGGCAUCAUAAAACAAACGUAAGCAUGUCAUUCAUUGUGUAGCACUGUAAAAUUAAUUGCUUAAUAGAGUUAAACAUUUUGGCAGACUAGGGGCUUUAUGUAAUCUCACCACUCUUUUAAUGGAUACAUAAAACUGAAGCAAGGGCAUAUGCCUACAGUUACUUAAUUUUCUGUGGAAUGUUUGCUUAAGUUGCCAGAAACCGAGUAUUUUCUCAGAAAGAAAGAUUAAGAAUUGUCUUCUCAGGAACAUGCACCAAUUUUUUUCACAUUUUAUAACUUAAAUCCAUUCCCUCUUGGCCCAUUGCUCUGCAGCAAGCAUUUUGAUUAUCUGUCUCUGGUUUCAGGCUCACCUGGUUGUGUUUAUUGCAGCAGUUACCUCGGUGCCAAAGUGGUUGUUACACCCCAUGAUGCUGAUAUGUUGCUGUUGCAUGGAAGCAAAGUGGAUGUGCAGUUUAGUUGUGUCAGGUGUACCUCAGUGGCUCUGGGUGUUCCACUGCACAGGGACACUUACAGUACCAAGCAGUCAGUGCAGCCGUUUCAGUUAUAGUCAUUUAUUUCCACAUUCUAGCCUCAUUUCCAGGUGCUCCAGUGCAGGCUGCUCACUGUGAGCUCUGUCCAUUAGCAGCUCUCCUGCCAGGAAUGAGCUUGCAGCUGUCCUGCAGCUGGAGCAGGGCUGCCACCAGCAGCUCCUGUGGCACAACUGUGGAGCGAAGUUCCCAAGACUGCACGGGUAAGCGGUGUAGGGUGCAGCUGUACCUCUGCCUGAGCCCCUUGUCCUUACACAACACAUCUCUGCAUCCAUCCCUGUGGUGCACUGGCUGAGGGCAGGCAUCAAAUCAAGGGCCCAGCUGGCCCCACCUCCAACUUCUGCCUCUGGCCCUGCAGUCAGCAGAGGUCUUCAGACUCAGGAGGUAGGAAAGAUCUGUGAAGUCUUUUUACAGAGAAAAUGUUAUUCUGAAUACCUGAAUGUGAACUUCCUUUGACAUUUAGUCCUGGCUGUGGGCAGAAUCUCUCCAGCCACAUUGGGUCAGAUGAUGUGGUAAAGACUGAAGUGUGGUCCUCUCUGUUUUUUUCCCUUCUGCUGGAGAGUGCUGUCCCCCAUUUCUCUAGAAGAGAGUUUUUGCUGCUGCAGAAAUCUGUCCUGACUUAGGCUGUUACAUAUAUCAGGGCUCUAAACACAGGCUGAUUUUGUGUCUUUGCUCAUAACUGUACAUGUGGGUAGUAUCACUGAUAGCUCUGCUCAGGCAGUACAGUGUGUAGUAGCACAUACUUCAGUAUAGGUUAACAGAGAAUGCAACAGGUUUCAGUAGCUCCCUUCUAUAUUUCUAUAAUAGGACUUUACUAGCUGCUAUGCAGAUUUGCUGUUAUGGUGUGUGACAGAAAAAAUAAUAAUGAGAAACUUAAUUAACGCAACAGUGAAACUUGUGGCUGUGCAAACUCUGUUACAGACCAAAAUCAGCAACCUAGAAAUCAAGUAGCAAUUUGCCAAGAAGUAAUCACAGAUCAUGGUACUAUUUUUAUACAUAUUUUUAUUGUAAACUUAU